AAAAAGAAAGUUGGAACGAAAGAUUGUUUUUAUUAUUUUUAGAAAUAAAUAUUAAUUUACAAUCUGUUUUAGGUGUUCUAGUGACUAGUAUUUCAAAAUGGAAGCUGUAACAUCUGAGACACAAAAUAACAGUGAACUUGGAAAUAAAAAACCCAAAACUAAGUUCAAUUUGAAAAAGCUUCGUAUAUCUUUGAAAUAUCGACCUGAAAUUCUAAAGCUUGUGCUCAAAAUGAGACAGUGCAUAAAAAACAAAAAUGUUCUACUUAAGAAAUUUAAAAAACAGUUGAAAGUAAUGGAAUCAUCUAAAGAGAAAGAAUCUGAUUCCAAAACGAAACCUUUAAGUAAACCCAAAUUGAAAAACGCUUCUUCACAAACUGAGAUAUUGUUACCAACUGACGUUAAAGAGGCUCAAGUAAAUAAAGAAAAAGUUAAAACUCCAGAAGGGAAAGAUUCAGAAGCUGGGUGGAGCUCCAAUGGAAAUGAAGAAGGAAAGAGUAUAGCCGACCAGGUGAAGGAGGCCGCACAGAGUGCGUUACAGCAGACAGGCAUGGUGUACGUAGAGUCUGCUGGCAUGUACUAUGACUAUAAAACUGGGUACUAUUAUAAUACUGAACUAGGUUUAUACUACCACACAGAUACAGGGUGUUAUUACUACUACAAUGAAGAUAAGAAAGAAUUUGCCUUCCACUCAUACCCUGACAGGAAUGCCGCUGCUACCAACCCAUCUCUUGAAGCUCAUGAGAAGAGGAAAGCCAGGAAACUAAAGAAGGUCCAGAAAACUGAGGAAGACAUAGACAGUCUCACGAAAAACCUUUCUCAGGGAGACGACGAAGCAAGCAAGCCUAAGAGAAGAAAGAAGACCGACAGAAAGAAGAACAUGAAAGUGGAGGUUAGCAAAGAAAAAAGUGCUGAAAAUGACCCAGAGUCAUUGGAAACAGAAACAUCUAAAGAGACAGUGUCAAGUGUUCAAAAAGAUGAAGAAAUCACGGAGAAUGGUACACAGGAGUUAGAAGAUGGGGAAUGCAGUGAGACUGAAAGUGAAGAAGAGAAAUCUGAUGGAGAAGAAUCAAUUGCUAGCACUGCCACUCUUAGUGACGAGGACAGCGUCGCCAAACACCACCCACCGUGCAUGCGGAUUAUAGUGCGAGAGACUAAACUACCCAAGUUGAAAGUGGGUAGUCUGUUCGUUAUUACCAAGGAUGGUGGCACCAUAGGCAGAGAAGGAGACCAUCACACCGUCCUUAUUAGGGACACUAAUGUAUCUAGGAAUCACCUGGACAUACGAUACGACAUGGACAAGAGAAUGUAUAUGGUGACCGACCUGGGAUCUAAGAACGGAACUAUGCUCAAUGGUAUACAGAUGUCUGGGAGUCAAGUCGUCAGUCCGCCCAUGGAGGUUCUGCACGGCAGCACGAUACAGCUGGGAGAAACCAAACUCCUAUGUCACAUCCACGCGGGCAACGACACGUGCGGACACUGCGAGCCGGGACUCAUUAUGGAAACUCAAGAGAAGGAGAAAGCGGCGUACACACGGACAUGCGACGUGAAGAAGCAAUAUGACCUCGAGCUAGCUCGUCUCAAGAACAAAUACAGACCGGAGCCGCUGAUGAUAGAGGAAGGCACCUAUAACGACCGCGCCAAGGCACGCAGGGAGGCAGUCGGCUCCUCCCACCACUCCGAGAAGACCGUCACUGCUGACGUUGACACGCAUAUAACAACGGAGAACAAGGGCUUCAAGCUGUUAGAGAAGAUGGGCUGGUCGAAGGGCGAGGGACUCGGGAAGGACAACCAGGGCGGCACUGAACCUGUACCUCUGCUCAGCAACGAAGGUAAGGCAGGUCUGGGGACUCCCGGCUCGGUAGGAGCGCCGUCUGCGCCGGCUCCCAAGCCCCGCAGCACUCUCGGGCCAGCCACACUGCGACUGGCUGCGCGAUCAAAACUCCUCAAACCUCCGGCCAAGGCCUUCCAAGAUAUGGAGGAUGAAGAGGAGGAAUGACGAAUUUUAAAUUGUGUAAUAUAAUACUUUUUGAGUAUAAUAUUGAUAGAAAUAUAAAUAACUGGGUAAUGCAUUUUUAAGUUGCUACCACUACCCAGAGCUGCAAUGUUUGUAAACAUUCGCACGUCCGCAUAGACUGAUUUUUGUUAUAUUGUGCUAUAGUUCUCUUCUUCUCUCGUGGGUUGCGAUUUGGAUUACCAACCUCAGCAACUUUGGUGUCAGGGUUAUUCGUCAAAGGCCCUUGACUGGGCUCAUGUAACGAAUACUUACCUACAUCAGUAAGUAGAGGCCGGGACCAACUGCUUCACAUGCCUUCCGAACCACGGAUCUUAAUUUUAGACAAUCGAGUGAUCAGCCUGUAAUAUUAUAAAGUAGGGAUUAGCAAAGCUAUUUUUGUGGAUUGUUCCUACCGGAAUUCGAACUCACGACCUCCGGAUCCGGAUUUACUGUAGUACAGACAGAUGAUAUUAUUUAUUAGUAAGUUACUAAGUUAUCAUGUUUAGUUUCUUAGGAUAUUAUGUUUUUAGGUACAUAAUGGCCCCCAUUCCUGCAGACAACUCCUAAUUUUACUUUAAGUUAUACCUGUCAUUUUCUUAUCCGUCGAUAAGGAAAGGGACGGAUGAUUGACAGCUCUUAAUUUUAGGAAGAAUGAGUAAAUGAAUGAAUAACCCGGGCGAUUCAAAAAGGUAUCUCGCUGGUAUGCAAACCGUUUGACGUGUGCUGUCAACAUAAUUCUGUCGGGUUAUUUAGGCAAUGCAAAAUUUUUAUAGGGUUGUUUUAGAUUUGUGCUUAUAACGUGUGUUUCAUAUAUUUUAUGUUAGUCGAUUACCCGUCCCUUUCCUUUUUGGCGGAUAAGAAAAUGACAGAUAUAACUUAAAAUAAAAAUUACAUGGUGUUUACAGGAAUUAGCACCAACGCUAUAAUGUUAUUUGUUCAUAGUUCCAUUAUUUAAAGAGCAUUUUCGUAUGUCUUCGACAUUUUCUAAACGAUUUAUAAAUAUAAAAUAACAUGUACAUAGGUAGGUAAUUUAGCAUUAUAUUAUAAUAUAUUUUACCAAAAGCCUUAAACGCUUACAAGUGGUAUUUAGUGGGUUUUACUUAAUGUAAUUUUAAUUGUAAAUUAAAGGUUUAUUGUACAGUUAUAAUUAUGCUUAAUGCACAGAAUUAAACAUGAAGAUUCUAAUGUU